GUCACAUGUGGAAGCCCUGGUCCCUGUUGUUCUGGCGAGCGUCCAUCAGGUGCUUGAAGUGGUGAUGCAGAAGGUGGAAGAAACCAUGGAUAUGUUGUUGAAGAAGCUGAGACCUGCUCUGGAGCAGGUCGGCAAAUGGAUUGAUCAGUUUGGAGACAAGGUGAUCGCAGGCUUGCAAGACUUUAGUACAACCUUAGACAAGGCCCAGAAGAUUUUUGACCAGGUCAUGGCCCAAUUGCAUGGUGGCGGCAACAACACGGAUCUCAUGAUCAACCAAACUUGGCCCAUCUUCGACGAUGACGACAGUGGCGCCGUCUCUGUCACGGCGCGGUCUCGGCGCGUGCGGGUUGUGAGUUUUGGGCCGAAUUUUUUGUUGGGGCGAACAGUGUUCGACUUGUGCUGGUGAGGCUGGGGCUUCAUUGAAGAUCUGACAUUCCCAAGGGCCUAAACAAGGCUUGACUAAGAAAACUGCUGACUAAACAGGAAUUGGGAAAGCUGAGCUGGUUGAAUUUACCAUUUCAUGGAGAUUUU